AUGGCUUUUGAGCACUGCGUUUCGCAGCAAUGGAAAACCAUCCCAAGCCCCAUGACCGUGACAGAAAAUUUUGAUGGGUGUUUUGAUUGCAACAUCUGCUUAGAUUUUGCACAUGAACCAGUUGUCACUCUUUGUGGUCACCUCUACUGCUGGCCCUGCAUCUACAAGUGGCUCCACUUCCAAAGUGCUUCUCUUGCACCUGAUGAGCACCCACAAUGCCCUGUUUGCAAGGAAGAUAUAUGCCACACGACAAUGGUUCCUCUCUAUGGACGUGGCCAGGCCAUAGCUCAUAGUGACCGUGAUGUGAAGGCUUCCUAUAGAGGCAUUUUCAUUCCACCAAGACCAUCUGCUUUGGGUACCCAAGCUCUCAUGCCAACAUCGUCUCAAAGUGGUCAGCAACUUCCAUAUCGCAAUCCUUAUCAGAGUCAGCAUUUCAACCCUCCUUUAUACGAAGAACAGGAUGGAUCAUCAUCACAAGUUCUCAAUCCUGGUACCAUGGCACCCGGGUUCCCCCACCUUGUGGUUGGGAUGUUUGGAGAGAUGUUUUAUACCCGAGUCUUUGGCAACUCAGAAAAUUUAUACACUUACCCAAACUCUUACCACCUGGCAGGAAGUAAUAGCCCCAGGUUGAGAAGGCAAGAGAUGCAGGCAGACAAAUCACUAAACAGAAUUUCAAUUUUUCUCUUCUGUUGCUUCCUUCUGUUUCUUAUUUUCAAAGUUUUGAGCACUUGUUGGUUGCUGAGAACAUAUCAACUCGACUCCAGAGACAUAUAUCGCAAGAUGAUUGAUGAUAGACUGAGACAUUUGGUCUUUCUCAAGUCCAACUUUACGUUCUCUGAUGAUGUUGGUGGUCCAUUUGGACUCUGGAGGUUUAGGUUUCAAUAUGUUAAUGUUGGCCAGUUGGCAAUGGCUUUUCUAAGCAAUGCCAUCACAAUUCUCUUACUCACCAGCAAUGUUUUGUACUGUUUAGAUGCAUAUGAUGAGUAG